AUGGCCGCGCUCCCUUCGGACGUUCAGAAGGUCGCCAACGAGGGCGUCGUGAAGCUCUUCGGCAAGUGGGAUGCCCAGGACAUUGAGGUCAAGGACAUCUCGCUCACCGACUACAUCAACGUCAACCAUGCCGUCUACGUUCCCCACACUGCUGGCCGUUACGCCAAGAAGCAGUUCGCCAAGGGCCGCAUGCCCAUUGUCGAGCGUCUCGUCAACGCCCUCAUGAUGAACGGCCGCAACAACGGCAAGAAGCUCAUGGCCGUCCGCAUUGUUCAGCACGCUUUCGAGAUCAUCCACCUCGUUACCGAGCAGAACCCCGUCCAGGUCCUCGUUGACGCCAUCGUCAACACCGGCCCCAGGGAAGACUCCACCCGUAUCGGCUCGCAGGGCACUGUCCGUCGCCAGGCCGUCGACGUCUCGCCCCUCCGCCGUGUUAACCAGGCUAUCUCGCUCCUUACCAUCGGUACCCGCGAGUCGGCCUUCCACAACUCGAAGUCGGUUUCGGAGUGCCUCGCCGACGAGCUCGUCAACGCCGCCAAGGGCUCGUCGAACUCGUACGCCAUCAAGAAGAAGGAUGAGCUCGAGCGUGUCGCCAAGUCGAACCGUUAA